UAAUAAUUGCUGCGUCAUUGCGCAAAAUGGUAUGCAGCAUCAAGUUAAACAUUCACCUUAUACUACCAAUUCUGUCAUGCCGUGUGCGUAUACAGUUUGAUGCAUACUUUCGAUAAAUCCUACUUAUGUACAACACAGAACGUACUGCAAAUGCCUCUGCAACACAAAUGCAGCGGCUCAUUGGAAAUUAAUGUACUUCUGAUGUACCAAAAUGACACUGUCUGUGUGAUCAAGGCAUAAAUUCAGGAACAACUGAAAAGUAUGCGUCUUACAAAGUUAGAAUGAGAACUAUUUCUAUGUCUGAUCUCAAUCAAAUAGUCUUUGCAAAAAUAACAUGGUCACUGUGGUAGAGCGUUUAUUGUGAUGGGCGAUUUUUCUGCAUUUAUCAAAAGUCCCGUCAAGUAGCCUGAUUUCAAAUGUGUCCGUGUAAACAGGAUUAUUAGGGAUUAUAAUACAUUUGUGCCAGUAAUUUUGUCCAUGCCAUUUGCCUUUAUUCUCUCAAUUUAAAUUUAAGGUUACUAAAAUAACGUUUGUUCUGCAAUGUUGAAAAUCAAUUUAAAAAAAACUUAGUCUAGAAGAAAUAGGGAAUUGUUUAAUAAAAGUGCAGGGUGCCAAUGUAUUUGGCAGCAACUGUAUCUCCCUACCUCUAAAAGUCUACCUCUUGGAUGAUGUAGGAACACAACUGAUAUGGGAAUAGUCUGUGGAAUAUCGUCUUUGUUAAAAGCAAAGCCAUGUGGGUUUUUUUUUUCCAAAUCACAUCUCUGCUAAAGGACAUACAAUUUCAAAGAAGCCAUGUGUUUCAGAUUUAAGAUGAAAGGGAUGCUUAGGCCUUGCUGUGUUUAUGAGCCUGGCCCUGCUUUGGCUUGCUGUAUAUGACCUGUGAUCAUUCUGUCUUUUGGAAAGAGAACUACACAUGCUUUUUCUUGAAGUGUCCCAAUGGCACUAACUGCAAUGAUAUCUCCGUCGAUGACCUGAUAAGGAUACAAGAUAAGAACAUCAGUGAUCUUAAGUGUGACGCUGGACCUACCACUGAGUCUUCAAGUUCCAGUUCCAUAACUUCAUCAGAAAUCUAUCAAAACCCCACUGCUCCUGAAUUGACAGCCAGCAAUAAUGCCAGUCAAAUUACAGACACCUCUGCCCUCAAUGAGACUGACUCUACCUUGCAUUUUCGUGAGGAAAAUGGUCAGGCCCCCAUCUCCACUGCAUUUACUACCAUUACUGCAACACCCAUGCCAGCCGCUGAGAAUGACACCUUCAUUCCAAGUAAGACUGUUAGCAAUGCCUCCAGAGGAACUACAGUACCUGACAUACCCCAUAAGUCAACAGUCCAAACCUCUGAGACAACCACUUCAGUAAAGCAGGAACCCAGAACUACGACUCCCUCAGCCCUGACCCCUCCACCAGCCAAUCCACAGAUGACGACAACAGCAUUAUCAACAACAAAUACCACUACUAUCACCACUGUAGUAGCAAUGCUGUUAACUACCACCACCACAACACACCCAACAACAAAUCCACCACCAACAACUACCACCACAACAGCAAUACCACCACUGCCAACAACUACCACCACAACAAUACCACUAACAACUAUUCCAAACAUAACCACCCCUACCACCAUAGACUCAUCUACAGUUGUGGAGAGGAAUCCAUCACCAACCAUUCCGGCGGUCCCCAGCUCUCAAGCUACCUCCAGAAAUGCCAUAGUCCCUUCGACCUUCACUGUUGAGGUCAGCACAAAAAGGCUUGAUGGAGGUACCAACAGAGCCAUUAUAGACGUUGUUGCCGGGGGGCCUCUGACACGCCAGUUGGUGGACACAAGUAUCCUAUUGGCUGUCCUGUUGUUUGGCCUAGUCUUCUUCCUGGUUAUGGUUGUCCUCUUCCUCACACAGGCCUAUGAGAGCUACAGGACGAAAGACUACACCCAGGUGGACUAUCUCAUCAAUGGAAUGUAUUCUGAUUCAGGGGUUUGAAAGUGACAGUUGAGUGUUUGUUUUUCUAAUUUCUUCAUUGGAACAGGAUUAAUAACUUGUGAGUUAACAGAGUGCCAAUUUUGCACCAGCCUUUGCUGUAGUAUUGUAUAAUUUCUGUCUUAAUGGUACUCAUGCCAAUUUCAUAGAUUUUCUUUCUUCAGCUACUGUAUGUAUAAAUUGCUCCAUGCCUGUUGUGGUUUUAUUCAGGCCGUAACCUCUUACGAAGGGCCAACAAAUGCACCUCUUGGUCAUCAGGCCAAGGGCCAAAGUAUCGCAACAGUGGUUUGUUUGUCCUAUAUUUCUAUGUCUUACAUUUCUACGCAAAUGCUUCCAGCCCCAACCCAUAGGACGAAAGACAUAUAUGGUUAAGUACGUUUUUUUUCCUAAGGAAUGUCAUUUGGAUUGUUGUGGGAAAGAGGGUGAAAAGGUUUAUGUCCGGUGUUUAUUAUUUUGUAUCUAUUGCGUUGUGUAUGUAUAUAAUUUUUCAUGCCUUUUUCUUUGUUCAUGACGAGCAUAUUUCCUUUGUUUACCAUUCAUCUCCUUGGAUUAAGAUUGAAUGCCAAAUGGAUCACUGAAGCACAUUAACGUUGAAGCCAAGGGAAUUGUCUAGCCAUUUAUAAAGGAGGAGGAACAGUUUGUAUGAUGACCAAAAUACUUUUCCAAGGCAGAGGAACUUCUGUCAAGGGUGGAAAUGGGUAUGAAGGCCUGUUAUGUGCCAAUUUUAAGUCUUACUAAUGCACUGUUAAAUUACGGUAUUUGCAGUAAAGGGAAAAAAAGUAAGAAUAAAAUACAUUUUCCUUUCA